CCUGAAAUAGAAAAUCUUUGUACAAAUCCUAAUGCUAUAGAGGAUGAUGAAGAUUUAGAAAUGGAAGAGGAUAAAUUAUCUGAUUAUUCAACUCAAAAUAUUUAAUUGUAAGUUUUAUGUGGAACAGGGAAUUAAGGGGAAUAAAAGGAUAUUGAUAAAACUCGCAAAAAAGCUAAAGGUAAAAUCACAUGUCCUUCAGAUUAUAAUAGAUUCUGUAAUAAUUCCCGUACAUGUCCGAAUUUCUGUUCUUAAAAAGGAGUCUGUGUAAACGGACAUUGCAUAUGCUAAUCUGGAUAUAGAGGGGAAAAUUGUAUUACAAAAUGCUCCGGAUUAUUCAUUGAUGGAAAGUGUAUAUAAUAAGGCUCUUGUCCUUCAGGUAAAUUCAAGAACCCAGAUAAUACUUGCAAAUCCAAUUGUCUUUAAGGCCUAUAUGGAAAGGAUGGUAAUUGUGAACCAUGCCAUAGCAGUUGCUUUAGUUUUACUGGACCGACCAAUAUAAUUAGUUGUUUGGAUUAGAAACAAGGAUAUAAACCUAAUUAUGGUUUGGGUAUAUGCGAGUCUUAGUUAUCCACAGCACGUUAAGGAAAUUGCAAAACUUGU